AUGAAGGCUUCAGGAUCCCAAACCAAGAUUCACUACAAGGGUACCAAGACCGAUGAGGACUUCAUUGUCUUUGUAGACUCCGAGGAAGAUCUCAAGAAGUGGAAGGGAGACAAGAGCAUUCCUCUUGCACAAGUUGUUGGUCUCUUCAAGGUCUUCGUUACACACAAGCACGGAGCUCAAGGUUCCCACGAUGAAGCUUCAGAGUCUCAAUUGGUGAACGAGUUCGAUACCAAGGUUGAGGAUGAUAUCAUCAAGACCAUUCUCGAGAAGGGAGAGGCACAACACGGUUCCUCAAUGGAGAAGACCGGACCCAAGAACGAUAGCAUGGGUGCAAUGAGUGCUCAUUAG